CGGCUGAGCGCGCAUGCGCCCUGGCCCGAGCGUCUCCCUCGCGACUCGAGCUCCGACGGCGGCGCGUCCGUCUCCUCAGCCGCGGCCUGGUGGGGGUGGGGCCCGGCGAGAGGGCAGCGGCAGCGCUUGGGACCUGUGAAUGCUGUACUCCCAAGAACAUUUUCCAAGGACACAGCAACGUCCCCCUUGCCGCUUCCUGCGGUGGAUGGGAUCCGGAGGCCUCGGAAUGACGCUUGCUACAAGUUUCGUGAGAGAAACGGAGCUGGCUCUUGCGUCCCAGGGACGAGGGCUCUAGCUUUGCCCGCUGCCAGCUUUCCCUCCAAUGCAGAACAAGAGAAGGAGCACCUCUCAAUCUUGCAAAGGGACGUUUUGUACCCUUAGAAACUCAAACAAGCCUUAUCUUUCCAGAAUUUGGAGAGCUCUUUCUGGGCACAGUUCUCCCUGCCCUUCCAGUGGCUUGUGCAGUGACCCCUUGUGCGACCGUCUCGCCCCUCGCCAGCCUUUCCAGUUUCUGCUUGUGCUGUGGCCUCUUUCCAGAGUAGGUCAUGGGGGUUCUUGGCAACCCCAAGCCCAUUGGAGGAAGGGCUUGAACUCUGAAAUGGCCACUGCCUGCUGCACACUCAAGGUCGCUGUUGGCUGACAGGGGAACUGACUGACUGCCCGGGGCAGCUUCUUCCUGCCCCUCGUGGGAACUCGCAGGGCACCGGCCUGGCCUGCCCUCUCGCCCUCAUCAUGUUUCUGCUGCUGCCCUUUGACAGUUUGGUGGUUAAUCUGCUGGGCAUUUCCCUGACAGUCCUCUUCACUCUGCUUUUGGUCUUCAUCAUUGUGCCGGCCAUCUUUGGAGUUUCCUUUGGCGUCCGCCGUCUCUACAUGAAAACUCUGCUGCAGAUCUUCCAGUGGGCAACGUUAAGAAUCGAGCGGGGCGCCAGAGAGAAGAAGCAUCCUGUUUAUAAGCCCUUUGCCAACGGAAUCAUUGCCAAAGAGCCCACCUCGUUGGAAGAGGAGAUCAGGGAGAUCCGCAGGAGCGCCAGCAACAAGGCCCUGGACGCCCCCGAGUUUGAGCUCUCUGACAUCUUCUACUUCUGUCGCAAGGGCGUGGAGAGCAUCAUGGACGACGAGGUGACCAAGCGUUUCUCCGCAGAAGAGUUGGAGUCCUGGAACUUGCUGAGCAGGACCAACCACAACUUCCACUACAUCAGUCUGCGCCUCACGGUUCUGUGGGGGCUGGGCUUACUGAUCCGCUACUGCUUCUUGCUCCCGCUCAGGGUUGCCCUUGCGUUUACUGGCAUUUGCCUUUUGGUGACAGGCACUACAGUGGUGGGCUACUUACCCAAUGGAAGGUGCAAGGAAUUCCUUAGCAAACAUGUACACCUGAUGUGCUAUCGGAUCUGCGUACGAGCUCUUACAGCUAUCAUCACCUACCAUCACCGAGAAAACAGACCCCGCAAUGGAGGAAUCUGUGUGGCUAACCACACAUCUCCAAUUGAUGUCAUAAUUCUGGCCAGUGAUGGCUACUAUGCAAUGGUGGGCCAAAUCCAUGGAGGGCUCAUGGGUGUCAUACAGCGGGCCAUGGUGAAGGCUUGUCCUCAUGUCUGGUUUGAACGUUCUGAGGUCAAGGAUCGCCAUCUAGUGGCUACUCGGCUAUCAGAACAUGCUCAUGAUAAAAAUAAACUACCCAUCCUUAUUUUCCCUGAAGGCACUUGUGUCAACAACACUUCCGUGAUGAUGUUCAAGAAAGGGAGUUUUGAGAUUGAUGCUACCGUUUAUCCUGUUGCCAUCAAGUAUGACCCCCAGUUUGGAGAUGCCUUCUAUAACAGCAGCAAAUACGGCAUGGUGACCUACCUGCUCAGGAUGAUGACUAGCUGGGCGAUCGUCUGCAGCGUCUGGUACCUUCCCCCAAUGACCAGAGAGCCUGAUGAAGAUGCGGUGCAGUUUGCCAACCGGGUAAAAUCUGCCAUUGCUAGACAGGGAGGCCUGGUGGAUCUCUUAUGGGAUGGGGGCCUGAAGAGGGAGAAGGUGAAGGACACCUUCAAGGAGGAGCAGCAGAAGCUCUACAGCAAGAUGAUCGUGGGCAAUCACGAGGACCGAAGCCGCUCCUGAGCUUGCCCUGCUGGGAGGCGGGGGUCUGUUACAGCACCAGCUGCCCGAGGACACACUCCUGCCUCGGGGCUCCCGGAUGGCCUGGAGCAGCCACCACUGCCACUGCUUCUGCCUUUCAAGCUUGGGGGUUCCUAAUUCACCAGCCCCCCCAUGGUGCUGCUGUUGGGCACCCUGUGGGAAAGAGACUCCCUUAAUUUCUCCAGCUCAGCCUGGGCGGCGGCAGCGCCACCUGAGGACUUUGGCCGCUGCAGGCGAAGGCGAUGCAGCAGGUCAUCUUUUGCAGGAAUCGGCUGGAGCCUGCCUGUGCCCCCCCCCAACACACAGAUGCGUGCCAAGUUGCGGCAUGCCUGGGCAGACAGCCCCUGCUGCCCCCAGAGACCCUCACUCCCACCUCCCCUUUCAGGAAAAAAAAGCUGGAUGCAGCAGCUGCCUGGGUUCCCUCUGCAUUUUAUAUUAAAUAAUACUGAAGGAGGCGGUGUUGUGUGGAGUACUGCUCUCUUGCCUUUGCAGCGUUUUCGCUCUGAGUGCUAAAGGGGAGCGGCUGCCCUAGAAAUAAGCCUGAGUGCGCCCCACCCCUUUGCUGCCCCGUGUUUCUCCUUUGGACAAGAAGGACAGGGCCUGGUCUGGCAGAAGCAGCUGGGUCCAGGGGUGGCCUGGAAAAGCAGGUAGGGAGUUGGUGAAUUUGGUGGGUCGUUCGGUGACUCCCUGCAGGAGACCAAUUUGACCCAUAAAGAACUCGGCAUUUGGAAACUUGGCCCCCCACCAGCAGAUUCUGCAAAUAACUAUGGGCUGAGUUACACAGACAUAAAUCCCCCCCACCCCUUCCAGCUUCCAGACCUCCCAAGUAAUCCCUGCUAAGUUGCAGCUGUAAAGAAAGGCAACAUUUAGCACUUGCUGAGCCAGGCAGAAAGUUUCAGUUGCUGAAGUCAGUGGCCCUGAAUGCAGGAAGCCGGAUACCUGGCUGCACAGCCAUUUUAAAAUCUGUUUCCAGAAGCAUUCUUGCGUCAUUUCAGGAACGCCAUCCCCCCCUUGCUUUUUCCUCCGAGCCCUGGCAUUUUGCUUCUCUCGUGCUUCGGUCCCUUGUGUGGCGUUGCUCCUUGUUACUUCAGAAUAGCCACUGCUGCUGGCACGCACUUGGGUGGAAGCCAUACAGUACCAAGAAGGCGCUGGGCGUGGGCUAUCUGCCUCUGCUUUUUCACUGAGAUCCUUAACAGCCUUCUCCCAUAUUUCUAGCCCACCUUGGCUCCUGGCCUAGAUAAAAUUGAAACAUCAACACCUUCUGAAAGUCACGAGUGAGUGGAAUGAGCCAGGCUUCUCUCCCUCUUUAGCUGCGCAGUUGGGUGGGACCUGGAAGCUCUGUUAAGGAACUUCAGCCCUUCCUUGGUACUUGAGGGCCGAAGCAGACACCCUAGAUUGACUAGGACCAAGGUAGGGAGAGAUUAUCUACGUGGACUGAUCCUAGUUUUUAGGGUUUCAGAAAGAGGCCCUUCCCAGCUUGACCUCAAGCUGGAAUUCCUGGUUUUGAAACUGGGAUGCUCCGUAUGCAAGGAGGUGCUCCCAACCCUUAGGUGGAAGUCUCAUUAGUCUCACAUGCCUGAUCAUCUCAGCAGCUCAAAUUAGAAACAAGUUUAUCCUUGGAACAAGUAACGACGUAGAUGAAUUAUCUAUAUUUUAUAUAUAUGUGGGUUUGCAGGAAAACUAUAUAUAUGGUCUAUGCAAAGCAUUCAAAAGAAGCAACAUAGAGGAGCAUAAACCUUUGACUUGUUAAAGCAGCUGCAUAUUUUGUACAAUUCCAUCAAAACCUGCUUUUUCCAUGGUCCUAAUAAACAUGGAUAAUCUUUCUCAAGCACGCAUACACCCCUCUAUUAACAGUGUAUGCCUAGAUUUGCCAUUUUAAAGUGUGUGCAAAGACUCAUCAUGUAAGAAAUGUUCCCUUUAAAUAAGUUGGACUACAACUCCCAUCGCUCCCAAGCCAGCAUGAUGACCUUAGGCUGUGUUAACCGGAGGCAAUGAGAGUGGUUCUCAAACUUUAGGAAGGAUCCACGGAAGAGUCUGCUUGAUCAUGAAGGAAGGACUUACUGCGUUGAUUUGCCCAGCCCUUGCUUCAUUUCAGCAGCAUCGGACAGAUGGGAAGGAUUCACCGGCAUCUCUUGCGCUUUCCAAGGGGAUUUUCUUGAGCUCCAAAUACCCAAGGCCAGCGCUUCACCUCUUCCCACAUACCGCAAAGCCACCACCUGCGAUUCUGUGCCAGAGGCUGCCCUCUCCCAAGAGGCGCAAGCGAAGGCUGUCCUUUAGCUCCUUUGGUGGCAGGCCCUGAGAACAUCACCUCUCCUGGGCUUUAAAAGGGACCGGCUGUGGCCUGGUGGGAAUGGCUGUCCUUCAGCCGCCAGGCAAAAGACAGCCCCGCCUUUGACAGGUGUGGGUUCCCAAAGUUCGCAACUUCCUGGAAGGGAAAGGGCAACGGGCAAGAAUCCUUCUAGGGAAUAGCCCAUUUUUUUGUUUGUGUGCAACCCUGAACUUUGUGCAGCUUUGAUAAAGGGGAUCAUUCUUGCAGAACAAGCAGCUCCUUGGCUGCUCCCAUGCCUGUCAUCUUGGCGCCUCUCCUUGACCUGUGAAUAAAGAGUAGUGCCAAGUCUGCUGCAAUUAUUUUA